UUUCUACUCUAAUUUUUAACAUGUCCUGAUGUUUUUAAGUGCAGUGAGUUUACAGAACAUGAGAUGGUCCCAACGAGUACAACAAUAGAAGGGCCAUUUGGACCAGCAUUAACCACCUCUUCGGACGGGUUUGGUGCUGAUGAUUCUUCCUUUAUGAACUUUUUCAAUACUGCUGCAACUAUUGGGCAUACCUCUUCAAAUAUUGUGAACUCUGGACUGCCAUAUCAUUAUCCAGCUCAAGCUGUUGAUCCAUCAACCCGAGUUCUAGGUCCCCUACCAUCUCCUGCUCCAAUUUUGCAAGUCUUAUCACCUGUUCAGUCAGCUCCAUCACUUCCUCCGCAGUCGCGCCGUGAUUCUGCUAACCUGAUUAAUAGUGCUAAUUACCCUGCAAAUCUUGUGAAGCCUUCUUUCUUUACACCUCCUGCAUCCGUAGGAGAUUCAUAA